AUGCCUGAGAGAUACAAGAAGCCGAAAUUUAGUGACCCGAUUGCUCCUGUUUUAAACAAGCAAAAUCACUCGACUGCAUCUAAACCGAUCAUACCACCUAUCAAACCGUCAUCAACAGCGACACGAGAAACUGUGCCGAAGCUGCCCAAGCCCAGAGCCAAGGAUCCGAACAAGAGGGACAUAAACAUGGAAGAGAAACAGAAAUUGGGGUUAGGGCUGCAAAGUAUGCCACCAGAGAAGAUGCCACAGUUGUUGCAGAUCAUACGUAUGAGGAACGAUUAGUUGGCGCAAGAGGGUGAUGAAAUAGAGCUUGACAUAGAGGCUUUGGACACAGAAAUGCUCUGGGAGCUCGAUCGGUUUGUCACCAACUGGAAGAAACUAGUGAGCAAGACGAAAAGGCAAGCACUUUUAGUAAACAGCGCAACGGUCGACAUUGAUGAUGUAAGCUUUUCAAUUGUUGGAAAACUGGAAGACUUGCUUGUUAAAAACAAGAAGGAAGCAGGGGAAGAAGAUGUCGAUAUUGGCGAUGAGAUGCUGGAGAGCAGCUUCCCACAUGUGGAGAUUGAGAAAGAUGAUGGUGGUGGACAGGGUCAAGCUGCAGGUCAUGGAAAUGAGAAUGCAAGCAGCAGCCCUAACGGGUGA